UUGGUCCGAAAGAUGUUCUGGACAGAUUUAAUAUUUCGGUAAAAAGCGAUCUUUCAGUUGGAAAGAAUUUUAUUGAUCAUCAAGCUAUAUAUGUUUGGUUCAAAUUCAAUCCAACUCAAGAAUCACCAUUCCAACAAUAUGACGAUCUUUUCAAUCUGGCCAUGCAUAAUAGAGAGUUGACUUCCAGAGGUGUGUCAACAAUGAAUGAAGUCAUAUUUUUCUACUAUACUCAAAAUUCAACUGGUUUAAAAGGUUACGUUAAAGGAUACAAAGAGAGUAUUGGGCAAGCAUUACUUAAAGCGAACGAGAAACACGACGUUGUUGCAAUUCUCCUAUCUCAAUUAAAACCGAAAUCGAAAGGAUAUAUUACGAUAUCGAAUAAAUCAUCGAGUGACCUUGGUCACUGACCCAGUCAUCAUGUCUGAAUUCUUUAGCAAUAAACUAGAUGUUGAAGCAGCAGUUCAAGCAGUAAAGAAACAGUUUUCAUUCAUAAAUACACCUUCAUAUCAAGAAAAUGGAGCCAAAUUUAUGCAUAUUCCAUUAGAAGAGUGUGAUCGUUUCGAUUUCCAAUCGGAUGACUAUUUUCGAUGCUACAUCAAAUAUUUUGGGGCCGGCAACAGCACUCAUCCAGUCGGAACAUCAAAAAUGGGACCACACUCAGAUCCAGAUGCUGUUGUUGAUCCACACUUAAAGGUCCGAAAUAUUAGGGGCUUGAGACAAGUAGAUGCGGGCAUUUUUCCAACUUCCUUGUAUGGGAACACAAAUGCAGCUGUUGUAAUGGUAGCAGAGAAAGUAUCCGAUAUGAUAAAGUUAGACUAUGGGUACAUCGAAACCGGUACCACAAUCAAUGCCAACCAAAAAAUUUCGUACAGUAUUUUACACAUCUUGUAGACAUGGUUAGAGUAUUCAUUGAGCAUUUUUUUUAA